AUGCAGCUUCUGGGAUCUUCUUCUUCCAUAAAUCUUCCAUGGAUUCCACGUGGACUCCAUAACCCAAACUCAAUCCAAGUCUCCGUCAUGGCCGCCGCCCCACCUCCGCCGCUAAAGCUCCAUCGAACCCACUCGAUGCCACCCGAGAAAGAAGAGGUGUUCAAGUCGCUAGAGGGCUGGGCCACCAAGUCCAUUCUCCCGCUUCUAAAGCCGGUGGAAAAAUCAUGGCAGCCCCAAGAUUUCCUACCCGACUCAACCAAGUCCGACGAAGAAUUCUUCGAGGAGGUCCGUGCGUUACGUGAUCGGACGGCUGAGCUUCCAGAAGAGUACUUGGUUGUGCUGGUUGGAGAUAUGAUCACGGAGGAAGCUUUGCCUACGUACCAGACCAUGAUAAACACCCUCGACGCUAUCAGAGACGAGACUGGAGUUGACUCGAGCCCGUGGGCUCAGUGGACCCGUGGCUGGACCGCCGAAGAGAAUCGCCACGGGGAUUUGCUUCGAACGUAUCUGUACUUGUCCGGUAAGGUCGACAUGGUCAUGAUUGAGCGGACCAUUCAAUACCUUACUGGAGCUGGCAUGAACCCAAAAAUGGAGAACAACCCGUACAUGGGAUUUGUGUACACAUCAUUCCAAGAAAGAGCAACAUUUGUGUCUCACGGCAACACAGCCUGUAUGGCGAAGAAAUGUGGGGAUCCAGUGCUGGCACGCAUAUGUGGGAGCAUUGCAGCUGAUGAGAAGCGCCAUGAGAAUGCUUAUGUGAAGAUAGUGGAGAAGUUACUAGAAGUGGAUCCCAACGAUGCGAUGAUUGGAAUUGCUAAUAUGAUUAAAAAGAAUAUCACAAUGCCAGCGCACCUCAUGUUUGAUGGGUGCAAUCCCAAGCUGUUCGAGCACUUCUCAGCUGUGGCUCAGCGACUUGGUGUGUACACAGUAAAUGAUUAUGCUGAUAUCUUAGAGUUCUUGAUUGAACGAUGGAGGUUGGAGAAGAUACAAGGAUUGACGGCUGAGGCUCGGUGCGCACAAGACUUUGUUUGUCGUUUGGCUCCAAGAAUUAGGAAGUUGCAUGAGCGAAUUGAUGAGAAAGCUCGUAAUAACAUAGACCAACCGCUUAGACUCAAGUUUAGCUGGAUCUUCAACAAGGAGAUUGCUUUAUAAUAAAAGGAGAAAAAUAUUUGCAAUUGAAAUGUUAAUUAUGUCACCCUGGUCAAGCUAUAUAUAUAAUGCUUAAUUUUAAUAUAUUUGUGCUUUUUCAUUCCAAAACUAUGCCUUUGACACUUGAAUGGAGAAAAAUACUUUUCAG